AGAGCCGGCUGUAGGCGGCUCCUUCCUGUGCAAACUUUUCUGUGCUCUUCCUCCUCCCGCGCUGCGCACCGCUGCUUGCGGCCGCCUCCCGGCCCUGCCAGCCGGCCGGGGGCUCCACGCGGGGCUGCAGAGGACAGCGCAGCCCUCUGCGCCGGCCCCACCCUGCCUGAGCUCGCUCCCUCCCGGCGCCUAGGGCCGAUGGCGGAAGCCGGCAGGAGCCCUGCCAUGUCCCCGGACCAGCCAGCCGGCCAGGAGGCGGUGGCAGCGGCGGAUCUGGACCCCGAGCCCGAGGCUCCCAGCCCGCCAGCGCCUGCCCUGCGCUGGCUGCCCGGGGACCCAAGUCCCCGCGGCCGCUCCCAGAGCGACCUGUCGUCCGCCUCGAGCAGGGGCCGCCCGCUCCGGGUCCACAUCUCCGGCUCAGUUGAUGGACUAGACAAAGCCUCCAUAGCAAACUCAGAUGGCCCCCCAGCAGGUUCCCAGACACCUCCCUUCAAGAGAAAGGGGAAACUCUCCACCAUUGGUAAGAUCUUCAAGCCUUGGAAAUGGAGGAAGAAGAAGACCAGCGACAAAUUCAGAGAAACCUCAGCAGUAUUAGAGAGGAAGAUAUCCACCAGACAAAGUAGAGAGGAGCUGAUAAGAAGGGGCCUGCUUAAAGAAUUGCCUGACCAAGAUGGAGAUGUAACAGUUAACUUUGAAAAUUCAAACGGGCACAUGAUACACAUCGGAGAGGAAUCUUCCCAAGAGGAGAAUGUAGGGAAACCCGAAGAAGGGAAUGACUCUGUGUGUGAGAAAAUACCACCUCGGGAGGAAAAGGCAGAAGAUAAGAAAGAGAACACUGAAAUCCACUCUGAAACACCGGCUGCUCCUGCUCUACCUCCUACAGCUCCUCCUAAGCCCAAACCCAAACCUAAACCCAAAAAAUCUCCCGUGCCUCCCAAAGGGGCCACUGCUGGGGCUGGCCACAAAGGCGAUGAAGUGCCUCCUAAUAGAAAAAAUGUCAAGGCUCCCAGUAAGCAGGCCCCUACCCUUCCACCCAAGCCGACAAGCCGAAACACACCCCGGGAGGCUGCUGGUUCUUCUCACCCGAAGAAAACAGCCAGCUCCAAAGCAUCUGCCUCAGCAUCUGCCUCCUCCACCUCCUCUCGUCCCAAAGUGUCCAAGGAGUCAGUUGCUAGCAAAACGGGUGUCGUGGGGACCGCAAGGGGCAAGAAGAAAACUGGCAAGCAGCCGGCGGCCUCCCGACUGUCCUCAGACACCACCACUGCUGACACAUCUGGUCUUGAAGGAGAGCCCUCAGACACCGGGAUAGAGAGUCUCAAACAAGAAGAGACUGUUGCUGGAGCUGAGGAGCAGGCCACGGGCAAAGCCAAGGCUACUGUCCUUCCACCUCCUGUGGCACCGCCGCCUUCCCCACCCGUCCUUCCUCUGCCGCUUGAGGAUCAGGGCAUUGUUGCCUUGGACACUCCCAUGGUCCCGGUCAGUGAUGGACCUACCCUGCCUGGCUCUGCCUUAGACCCAAGUCAGCUCCUUUGGACUGAAGAGCAGGCGAACAGAACCACUCCGUUUUCAAGCGCUGGCUUAAGUGGUACCAGAGAACAGGCACAAUGUUUUACAACCAAAGAUGAGCUGGGAAAAGCUGGACCUCUUGGGCAGAUGGGAGACUCUUCAGAAUCCUUCAGUGCCCCGGAGGAUGAGGCCCCAAGAGAAUACCAAUCCAACGACUCUGACUCAGAUGGACCCAUCUUGUACACUGAUGAUGAUGAGGAAGAGGAUGAUGAUGAUGAUGGCAGUGGAGAAAGUGCUUUGGCAAGUAAGAUACGACGAAGGGACACUCUUGCCAUAAAACUUGGCAACAGACCAUCCAAAAAAGAACUGGAGGAUAAAAACAUCCUGCAGCGAACAUCUGAAGAAGAAAGACAGGAAAUAAGGCAGCAGAUCGGGACCAAGCUAGUCAGCAUAUCAUCUUGUCAUUGUAGAAGACUCAGCCAGAGGCCAACAACUGAAGAAUUAGAGCAAAGAAACAUUUUAAAACAAAAGAACGAAGAAGAGGAGCAAGAAGCAAAAAUGGAACUGAAACGGAGACUCAGCCGGAAGCUCAGCCUAAGACCUUCUGUGGCAGAGCUACAAGCCCGAAGGAUCUUGCGAUUUAAUGAGUAUGUAGAAGUCACGGAUUCUCCCGACUAUGACCGCCGAGCCGACAAGCCCUGGGCCAGGUUGACACCUGCAGACAAGGCAACAAUAAGAAAAGAACUCAAUGAAUUCAAAAGCACAGAAAUGGAAGUUCACGAAGAGAGUCGACAGUUUACAAGGUUUCAUCGUCCAUAAGGAAGUGUGGGACUGCUCAGAAAUAUAGACUGACCAUCCCCGGCAGAAGCCCUGCUUCCUGAGACCCCGAUAUUGCACUGAGAUUUGAACGUGUAUGUUUCCAUUUCAUUGCGGUGAAGGAGGCGCGUGACUCGGCUUUGGUUGAGACUGCUCCUCACCCGGACAGCCCAGACGAGGCCAACACGCUGAGAGCCGGACGCAGCAAGCCUGGCUGCCCAGGAUGUGCACUAAUGUAAGGGACACUCUGGCUCUCUCAGCUGUUCUUCGUCAGAAAUUUCAAUCAAAGAAGACAAGCAGAAGACAAUCGCUGGUUUGACUGCCAGAAAGCCAAAUGGUAUAGUACGUGUGGGUUGACCAACAGGAGACAUUGGUAUUGCUGGUGGUCAUCCCAACAGCAUGGGAGCUAAAAAUGAGGAGGAGGACAGUUCCGUUAUGUUAAUGAAGAAAAAGAAGAAUGAAGAUAAGUAUAUUUUUGAAGUAGGCAUUUGGUAGCUGAGAACUUACUAAGGGGUUUGGGAACCUACUCAACCAAUGUGGAUUCCUUAAAGACUUGAUUCCAGAACAUUCUUGUUUCACCAAUAAGUUGGUUUUGUGUAAUACCAUAUUUUUUAUGUUGUGCCAGUGAACCCAGUUGCCAGAAACAAAUCUGAGUGUGCAUUAAAUGCAAGAAGCCUCUACCCACUCUUACCAAGCAUGCUUGCUUGCAUUGUGUUGCAUGCUUUCUGUAGCCCAGCUAUCCACACGACCUUUUCUUACACUGCUUUCCUAAUGGAUGAGCCCUCUACAAGGCUAACAGAAGUAAGGUCAGAUAUAAAGUGACCCCACAAAACUGUUGGAAGCUUUAGAAAUAAAUCUCCUGUCUUAGUUAUCUCCAAAGUCAGGAAACCAUUCAUUAUCUAAAGAAGAUUAUAUGGACAAUCAUGACACCCUUUUUAAAAACUCAAUCCAGAAUUGCAGCGUAAGCAACAUACAAGUGUGUGCUGCUUGCUCCAAGUGCUGAAGGGGAAUUAAAAAAAAAAUACCCAGUAGUUUUGAGUGCUACGUUAAAAAUUUGUAAAAAGUUAGGUUGCUGCUAUUUAAAAAAAAAAAAUCAAGCACAUAGAUUUAGCAAAAAUACCCUAAGGCUUAAAGGAAGACAGAAAAUUGCUGGUUUAUGUAAAGGAAACCUUACCGUCUAUGCUGAUUCUGUGGAUCACAUCCAUACAUACAAUCUGUACUCCCCGUGCCAGAAAAGCAGUGAGAUACAGUUCAGGCCAGUUUCUCCAAGAGCCUGUAAUCAGUCUUGUUUACAUUAAGAAGCUCCCUCCCUCAAAUUGCUUUUCUCUGUGGUAUCAGGCUCCAGCACAGAACCCCAGAAGGGCUCACUUGUGAAUACUACCUUAAAUUUCAUUUCCCUUAACAAUUGUUUUGGGCCUCUUGGAUUAAAAGCAUACGAUAUUAUUUUUUAAAAAGAGAAGGCAGAAUCUGUAUCAAGUCUAUCGUAUUCUCUGAUCUGAAACUCUGACUGUUCUGCUUCAGGAUGUGGAAGCCUGUAAUUUUCUAUCCCAACUGAGAAGUCAGCAUUUAAUCAGUGGAAUAAGUGUAGGUCCCACCACUCUGUGGUAUUUGGAAGAACCACUUGAAAUUUGAUGAUUUCAUUUCAAAGUAAAAGUGGUUAGCUGCAGUUGACCUAUUAUAAAGAGCCAGGAGGAGCAUUACGUGAGGUAACCAGCAUUAUUGUACCCUUCACUACGCUUAGCUGUUCGCAUUAAUAAAACAAGGCUACAAUCUACACGAGUUCAUUUCACUAAUGGCGGAAGACAGACUUUGCUUUUGAAGUAAUGUCUGUGCGUGCCCUGGUGUUUGUCUUCGGCUGAGGGCUUGUUUGUUUUGUUGUUAUUUUGCAGUGCUGGGAUUGAACUGGGGCCUUGUGGGUGUCCUGCACACUUUCUAGAACCCCUGAGCUGUGCUCCCAGCCUUUGUUUGCUUUAGUGUCUCAAUUCAGCCAUGAAAAUUAACUCCUUUCUCAUUACUUGCAAAGUAGUUUUCCUUUAGGAUACCUUAUUAACAUCUCAGUGUCAUGAGAAAAAUGCCAAGGCAGAUAAUGUUUCUUAAUCUAUGCUUAUCAUCUUGGAGCAUUUUAAAACUUCUAAUUGCACGUUCUCUGUACAUUGUAAGUGCAAGACAUGCGCACCAGUUUGUCACUCAAAGCGUAUACCGUAGGAAGGUUCUAUUUGGUUGUUUAAAAGAACAAUCUCCCUCCCCACCCCACCCCCGCCGCCCCAUAGUGGUCUGAAUUAUACAAUUUCUACUUUCCACAAUGAUAUUUGUCCACUGCAACACAAGCCUCAUGCUGAAGCCCCCAGUUCAAUCCCCAGUUCCGCACAAAUGAAAACCUGUCUCCUGAUAUGGUCUGUCAUAUUUAUGAACCACAUAUACCUCUCCUUCAUACUGACUGAUACAUUUAGAGGAAAAUUUGUAAGUCAGAAGUUUGAAAAGGUAAAAAUUAACUACCAGUAGUCUAAUAUUUAAAUAAUUAGAACCACCCAUUACUUCAUUACAAUGAUCUAUUAAUUUUUUUUAAAAGCCAUGGAAAGAAUUAGAAUAUCGUGAGCCAAGUAGUUCUCAGAAAAAAGCUCUAUUUCAUGGUUCAUUUUCAAAGGCAGGGAAACGUAAAGGGGGCAUAGCCUCACUAGCAGCCCAUCCUGGCAUCCCCACAGAAGGCAAAGGCAUGUCUCCCUGCAAUUACUCCUCUGCCCACUGCCAGCAUUUCUGCAGCCCAACCACCAAGCCACUAUUCUCUAAGAAAAUAAAUGUGUGCAGAAAUUGGAGUUAUAGUUUGGUGCAGUUGUAACACAAUUCCAGUUUUUCACUAAAGCAUACCAUUAGGCUGAUGGAGAAAAUGAGUGAGGUUUUUCCAGCUCCUGAGAUAUGAUGAAGAAAGAAAAUUAGCCAUCUCAUGGAAGGUCCCAGACAGGAAAGAACAAGACCAAAUAGAAAAUAUCAACUGGCCAUUUCCAUCUUGACUUUUAAUGGAGGAGCAAAACCCUGUUGAUAUUACAGUAAUGAGAAAACACUAAUUCCCCUUCAUUCAGCAGCCUCAUGGCCACGACCAACCAACAUGACAAAAAACGGUCCUCGAAUCAGCAUUCACUUGGGACGUCUUGACUGGUGACUUCCUAUACGUGUGAAAUGUGUUUUUGUGUUCGCUGUAAUUUACCUUUAUGCUUAUUCCUUAAAUCAUUUAACUAGAGUCUACAACAUUCAGAGACCCAUUUUGGGUAUUUGAACAACUAUUAAUUAAAAAGGAAAAGGCAAACUGACUGGGUUCUCAGAGUUACCCAGAAAAGCUGCCACUCUGGUUUCUUUUUCCCACCCUUAUUAGUGGAACGAAGGCAGGCACUUCUCUGUCUCUGGUGUCACGAGAAAGUUCUGAGAUUUAAUUGAAAAUAGAAGAAUCUAAUAUGCUCUUCAAAAGUCACCAAAUAUGGAAAAUGAGUUGUGAGCCCUUAGGAACUCUGUCAGAGUUUGUAUCCCGCGAUUAAUUCGGUGAUGCGCUGGCGCUUAAAAAAAAAAAAAAAAUACGGUAGUUUGGACUUGAGAGGGAAAGAAAUGUGGGUUAGCACCACAUGUCCUGAUACACCCCACACCAACACAUGACAGACAAACCUGCCAAGACUAAGCUGUAGUCACAAUAGGAAGAGGCGAGUCUACCACAUAGUAAUAUGUCUGCGUUUGAACAGUAAAAUACUUUCUUUUCCUUCGUCUCUUGCUCAAAAAGUCCAUCCUGUGUUGUUCAUGCAUGGUCCUUGCAGCAUAAUUUAGAGUAAUAAACUUUCUUUAGUGUGGGUGAAACAGACUUAAUCUAAUAUGGGACAUAUGGGUUUAUGUCAUUUUCAUCAAUGUGGAGAAUUUGUUUAUGCAUUCCGAACUAUUCACUUAUCAUUACUAGUAAAAGAAGCUGUACUUAGAGAUCAUUAUUCGUUCCCUCACAUCCUUAGAGUAUACAAAUUGUCCCCUCACCCCUUAAAAUGAUGAAUCUCUUGUUAGGAUUUGCUGUCUACUUACUGGUGAUUUGUUUUCUUUAACAAAGCGGAAUGAACCUUUAGAAGAUAGACUCUAGAGGGGACAAGGGCGGCAAAAAUAAGCAGUUGUCAAACGAAUGGGGACAGCUUCCUGAGAGAACGUGCAUUCAUUCCUCAGCAACUCAAACCCGAGUUCCGGAGAGGGGCUCUGGGUGCCACUGCAAAGGCAAGCAAUGACCAAAGGGUGGUGGGGGUGAAGGUAGGAAACCCCACACCGUCCUCACUUUUGCUUCCUAUCGUACCUUUUCUAGUUGCUACGCUUCAACACUGUUUCCAUGCUGGAACUGCUAUUAGCAUUUCUAGAAAGCAACUGUCAUAUAGACCAACUAUUUUUUUCUUUUUGGUAUGAUCGUAUUUUGUUGUGUGUGUUGUUGUUGUUUGUUUGUUUGCUGUGGACAGCUUCAUCCCAAAUGAACAAAUCUCAUUUUACAUAUUAUAAGGUUUUUUUGGCAACGAAAUGGAGAAUCCUGUGGCUGCUAUUCUUCCCUAACGCCAAGUUUUAGCCAUGCUGGGUUUUAUUGCAGGAAAAUGCCAUUUAGCUUGUUGCUUCUCUACCACAGCUGCGUAUGAACAAAGAACUGUUGAUAGAUGCCUCCCAGUGGGGGUGCUGUUGGCAUUUGGAUCUGGGCAAUUCUUUGUUGUGCUGAAAUGUACCACAUGUUGCAAGAUGUUCAGUAUCCCAGGCUCCUAGUGACUCAACACCAGGACCAGGAUCGUUCACAGACAUUGUAAAAACCAAAAAAAAAAAAAAAAGCGCCUUCUCCUCACAUAUCUGUAUACCCUCACAGAAGGGUACACCCCCUCACCUGAAUACCACUGUCUACUGCAACACAUAGGGGAAAGUGCCUAUCCCCAAAUACCAUCUCUACUGCCUUGCAUGUCUCUGACCCACUUCAAGCCUUCUCCUUGGAUGCAGCUUAAAUUGCUGUUCUCUAGGAAAGAGGGCUGCCAGGCAGCCUUGUCCGUUACAGUGGGCAGAGUGACGUGGUCUGAUGCUUGUCUGUACUUCCGGAGGGCUUAUGCGUGAAGCAAACUUUUGUUCACCCCUUCACGGUUCCACUUCAGAACUAGACUGCCCGGUCACAGGAGCACAGUGGCUCUGAACGAACCAGAUAGUCUUUGGAAGUCAACAUUAGAUUCCACCUGGUAACGCGCUGUAUGCCGAGGUGUGCAAGAGUCCCCUCUUCCCUUCUGGAGACAACACAGUUAAUUCACAUGGAAAUGCUUGGAGUCCCCUGUGUAAACAUAUCCAUAUGGUUCAGCUUUCCUAAUAAGAUGUGCAAAUAUGACAUUGUGGCAGAAAAUGUAGGUUAACUGGAUUGCAUGCAUAUUGUUCACACCACAGAACCAAGGAUAUGCAAAACAAAGUGAGUUUUCCCCCAGGUGCAGCUCAAUCAACCUGUGCUAACCAUACAGAAACAUACUCUUUAUGCCACUGAAAUUGAGUAGUCAAUAUGUCUUGAAAAAUAUUUAGAUGAAUUGCAGCCAGCUGCAAGGAUGGAAUUAAUUCUUCCCACUCUAAUAUUUUUAAUAUUAAAAUUCUAAAGACACUGUUUUUUGAACCAGAACAGCUCAAAGUCAAUAAAGAUGGUUAUAGCGUAAACCUAUAGAUGGUGCUUAAAAAUUCUUACCUUUCGUAAUAUCAGUAUUUUUUUUGAAAAAGAGAAUAAAUUGAAGGAGUAAAUGAGUCAGGAUGCCACUCCACCCUCGGGUCAAUGUUGAGGUUUAUUAAAAUGCCAAUAAUAUUUGUGCCACUUGCCAGCUUGGGGGGCUUUUCCCUUAAUGGAUGCUCUUGAUUUGAUUGUUGACUGUAUCACUAAAUUGCUUAGAUGGCAUCCACCAUGAGAGAUUGCCACUGUAGUGCUAACUAGCAUUUGAGAAGAAUUAGCAAGAGCUGAGGGUCAGUCCACUUUCAUCACUUACACUAUAGGCACUAAUUCUUUAGUACUUCUUCUAUGGCUUAGACACGUGCCAAUGUAUUCAAAGCAUCCUGCACAGAUUUCGCCAGUUAAAUACCUGCUGAAAAUUCAAACCAGUCUCUCUUUUUUUUCCCCUAAGUAACAGUGGUUUUUCCCCACAAUGAACUGUCUGUGUUCUUUUGCUAUUUCGUGCUUUGGUUAAAGUGUUAGUGAUGGUAAACUGUGAUCCUUUCCAGACUAGCUGGGUGAGUCUCCAGUGCGUGAUCCAGUCUUUACACAGCUUUGCUUUCUGUGGGUGUUAAUAACUGGAACUGCACCCAGAUAAACGCGACAGUUUUUCCUUUUGGUUGUUCUUAAUCCCUACUCUGUGGGUAUGAUAAUUGCAAGUAUACACACCGAAACAUGUAUUCCACGAUUGUAACCUGAAAAGACCAUGUAUUACUUUUUUUUAUUCCAUAUUGGUGUUUGUGUUAUUUAAAGUGGAAAAUUAUACUCUGUCUAGUAGUAUAAUAUAGGAUACUUCGCUGUGCACAAUUCCAAGUGCCUUAGAGUGUUGUUUAGCUUUCCUAAGUGUAUGUAUAUGCAUAUAUGUGUGUGUAAAUUGUGAAACGUUACCUCAAUAAAAUCAUUGAGAAAUCCUA